AUGCCAAAAUAUACGGAAUAUUAUGAUGGAAAAAUGUUCAAUUCGUGUUCGAUCGAUAGAUGUACCACUGGUUCGGAAUAUAAUACUCUUACGGGGUUGCGAUACAUUGCGAUAUAUUGUAAAUCGCUUUUUCGGGAUAUAUUUAUGCCUCGAGGUUACCCGCAAAGUGUUUCUACAGACUAUUUAAACUAUCAAAUAUGGGAUACUGUUCAAGCUUUUGCUAGUUCUAUGAAUUCAGCUUUGGCUACGGAAGCAAUAUUGCGCGGUAUGGGCGUUGGAAAUAAGACUGCAUCAACGGUAGCAGCAGCAAUUGCGUGGUUACUAAAAGAUGGCAUUGGGAUGCUUGCACGAAUUUUGUUUGCAUGGCUUUAUAGUCCGUAUUUAGAUGCUGAUUGUAAGCAAUGGCGGUUAAUUGCUGAUUGUUUCAACGAUUUAGCAUUUUUCUUGGAUUUAAUUACGCCAAUUUUCCCGGAUCUUUUAACGCCUAUCAUAUGUUUAUCAUCGAUGGUACGUGCUGUUGUUGGCGUUGCAGGUGGUGCUACACGCACUACAGUUGUAAAUCAUCAGGCCAUAUCGGAUAAUGUAGGAGAUGUUGUGGCGAAAGACGGUUCGCAAGAGACAAUGAUCAAUGUUUGCGCCCUUCUCUGUAGCCUGCUAUUGCUUCCUAUUGUUAGCGAAAAUGUCGUUUCUGUUUGGUUGCUAUUCUGCCUUUUUACAUUCAUUCACUUAUAUGGCAAUUAUCAUGCUGUUAAAUCACUGCAAUUCAACACUCUGAACCAAUCACUGCUUCAAAUUACUGUGAAGAAUUAUACAGAAACGGGAAAAACUGGUACUGUCAGUGAAGUGAACAAUAAAGAACCGAUGCUGUAUUGGAGUUCAUCACGGCGUUACUAUGGAUUUCGUUUAUCUGGUGUAUUAAUGUCGAAUAAACUUUCAUUUAUAUGUUCAAAAUUUACUGUUAUCUGUGAUUUGAGGAAUAAUUACGGUUAUGUAUCAAUGAAUAGUGUAUCCGACACAUCUGAUCAACUUCGGGCUGCACUCUGCUUGGAGUUAAUAUUGAUCAUGAGGGCGCUUCCCUCAUUAACAGAACUUAACGAAUUUAUUGAGGAACUAAAGAUAGGAGGUUGGCUGAUUAACAAGCAUCGACUUGUAUUCGACCGCUGGACCUACUCUGAGAAGUAA